AUGGGAGACCUCGCUGCCUUAGUCGUGCGAAUGAGUCUGACUACCUCGAUGCCACCUCGCGGCCGCAUCACCAUCAAAGCUCCAAGUGGUUACGCCUUUCCGCUGGUGUGCAUUGGCUUUUCCUCGAAGUCUGUCGAGGUUGGCUAUGCGCCUCUGCCCCCACGCACUGCCUGUCAGGGGGGCGGAGAUGUAAGCAGACGGCUCUUGCCCCACCGUGGGCGGAACCCAGCUUCGCCCCGGCGUCUCGGUCUCCUGGCCUCUGAGAUGCAGCUGACGUUGGGGCCAGAUGAGGCAGACAGGCUGCUCGCGAACCGGCGCUAUGCGUACUCGGCGGCCGUGCAAAACCCAGGACGCGAGAGUCGACCCCUGGUCUUCGUUUGGGAACUCCGCAGCGAGACCGAAGGUGGCGAUCUUCUCGACAGAUCGCGCACAGCAGACAACGCUUCUGCAACAGGCUCUCCGUUGCUUCUCCCGGUCUUUGGCUUUCUCCGGGCGAGUGCCAACUUCGCGUUCCAGGCGCACUCGGUCCGCAUCACCUUCCGUGUACUGACGUCUGGGGAGGGUGGCGACAGCGACAUUGUCUCCCUGUUGAAGCGGAUCGACAUUUUCGCACCCAUCGGCAGCAACGACGAUCCCCGUGAGCAGAACAG